AUGCAUCAGAUACCGCUUCGUUUCCCAGAUGCGAGGGUUGUGGCGGAAUCCGCGACCGCCACUGGAGCUGCCAAUUUUCAACAUGCGAGCACUCCAGACACAGCGAAGCACAGCGGAGAGGCUGCCGGCCAGAUAGCCCGCGCUAGGCGGGUCAAACGCGCCCAUCAACGCGCGGUGCGGAGAGCCAGGAAUUCUGAGGAUGGCACCACAAUGUACAGAGGCCGACGACUCACACUGGAGCAGCUUGGUGGCGCACAAGAGUCGGCAGUGGUCAUGCCACCACGCCCGCCACAACUGCCACCAUCCCCGAAUCGCCGCAUCCGCAUCCUCAGCAAGAACGUAGGCGGGCUGUGCACAUCGACCCAUGAUGUCUUCAUGAACUGGCUUACGAGCGCUCGCAACCCCUACGACGUCGUCUUCCUCCAGGAGACGCACCACGGACUGGGCCGCGCUUUCACGGAGUACAAGGUUCCUGGAUGGACAGUGAUCUCCAGCCCGGACCCUUCGCACAGAUGGGCAGGAGUCGCACUGUACAUCUCCGAACGUUUGGCAAGUGGCAAGCAUAAGGCCUUAGUGGCAAGCAUCCGCAUACCCGCCUUCUAUGCUAAGGCGCGCGAGCUGGACCUUCAUCUCCAAACGCGUCUUGCGCAGGCCACCGUCAGCACAGCUGCUGAGCUGACGCGGGCCCCAAGGGAACGCAUCCAGAUCAGGGGACCCGAUAACACUAUCCUCGACCCUACCCAAGAAUUCCAACACAUUUACGAGUACUUUACACACCUUUACCAACAAGGCCCCGACACUUGCAGUACCACCUAUGUUCUCCAACAUGACUAUAACGUCACCGACACAGAGAUCCUGACCAGCCUCAAGCAACAGAAGGCCGGAAAGGCUGUUCCCCAGGGAAAGGUGCCCCCUGACGUCUGGAAGCGUUGCGCGCACCUACUGCUGCCGCACGUCAGAAGGCUGUUCCAACAGCACCUGUCUGCUGGAGCUAUUGACCUGCCCACUGACUGGAGAGAUGGCUGGCUCCACCUCCUCCCAAAACCUCAUAAGCCUACCAAGACCCCGGCUAACUUGCGGCCAAUUGCCCUACAAUGCCCCCUUGGCAAAUGCCUUGCCCGUAUCAUUAAGACCCGCAUCCUUACACACAUCCUCCCCCGCCUUGAUCAAGUACCCCAGUACGCGUACCUGCCUGGACGCAGCACUACAAAUGCCAUCAGCCGAAUCGCGCGGCAUUGCCGGGAAGCUCGACAGCAGCUUUCUGGCCUCCGUAGGGAAGUGCAUGAUCGUAGGGCGGGCAAGGCCUGCAUCCAGGCUAGAGGUGCUGCACUCCUAAGCAUCGACAUGAGCAAAGCUUUUGACCAGGUCAGUCACUCAUACCUAGCUGCAGCCAUGCGACACCUCGAAAUCGAUGAGGAUACCAUACAACUCACCCUUGCCCUUCACCAGGCGUCCUAUCACAUUAAACACCACCAGCAUGAGGGUUGCAUAGCUCUGCGGAAUGGAAUUCGGCAAGGGUGCGUUUUGUCACCGCUGUUGUGGGUUUGUGUCACGACCUACAUGCUUCAUUGCCUCUCCCAGCGCACAAGCCUGGAAUGGGUUCGUGACGAAGUGACGGCUUUUGCGGACGAUUUCAUCUGCUCCUUCACCCUGCACAAAGUUGAAGACGCUCAACUCAUGUCUCAGCGCAUCCAGCAACUCUUCCUUGUCCUACGGGAGGCCGGAAUGCAGGCGAAUGCAGAGAAAUCGCACUUUCUUGUCAAAGCCGUAGGCGGUCCGUUGCACAGAUGGCUGGCCAAGCGCAGUUUUCGUCAGCGUGGCGCCCUUUUCUAUGAUAUGGGAACACCCUUUGAGCCCCUCAAGCUUGCUUACUCCUCCUCUAUUGACUAUUUAGGGGUGGUUGUCAGCUACGGUGCCUUUGAGCAACAUAGCAUGGACAAGCGGCUGCGAGCGGCACGUGCCAAUCAAGCCCUCCUUGCGCUGAAAGAGCUGGAGAGCGGGACUCACACGUUUCCUGGAAAACUGCAAGAGCAAACCUGGCAAGCGCAGGUAAGGCCUCCCUUCAAGAUGCCGCUCAGCGCCGAGGAAGAGGUCAACCAGUGCUUCGGACACCACCUCCGUGCGAUGGCGACCCAGGAGGAGGCAGCGGCAACGAAGCGCUCGCCCCCUCGGGAAGAGGGGCAGGCCAGCAAGUGGCACAAGCCGUCCAACAAAGGCUCCAGGGGAAAGGGCCAAAACUGGAGCCAGAGUUGGGGACAGGAGCGAUGGCAGCGGGAAUGGCACGGAGAGGAGCAGACCUUGAGCCAGAAGAUCAGCGGGGACGAGCUGCGGGAGGUGGUGGGCCUACUGGCGAGGCUGGCCCUCAAGCACGAGGACACGGAGGCGGCCCUACGCUCCGACACUUCUUUCAUGCUCUACUUCAACACCCGCGGCAUGACGAUCACCCGCGCGCUCUACAACAUUGCCCAGGACUGGCGCAAACUCAAGGACGAGGGCAAGCUCAACCAGUCCCUCCGCGUCACCUUGAUCAUCGGGAUGCUCACGGCAAUGAAGGAGAAGAUGCAAACGGCCCUCCACGAGGAGGUCAGGCCCUCCUUGGAGAAGCACAGCUGGCUGACCAAGGCCAACCCGCCUGCCUGGGCGUACAUGACAUACAACCAGGAAAAGGAGGAACAGGAGGUGGAUGCGAUCAAACCUCCCCUACCACACGCUCAAGCAGAGGCCACCAUCCAGCGCAUCUUCGAACUGAUUUCGAUGGAGGGCCUCCUGAUGAAAUUUCAUGCGACGCGACCCAUGGCUCCCACCUACCGCUCGGAAGUGCUCCCCUUCGUCCUCAUGGUGUCAAACCGCGGCGCCUUGGCGGACGAGUUGCACAACCUGCUCAGCAUUCUGUGCAACAACGCCUGCCUUUCCCUCAUCGGG